AUGGAUAUUACAAGGGGAAACUUGGAUGAAAUUUCAAGGCCUGCAUCUAGCUCAAGAGCACAUCCUGUAAGCAGAGCUUUAAGUGCAUCUUUGGAGGUUCUAACACCAGACCCAUGCUUGUCAAAGGUUUCUUCACCAGUUGAUCGUAAAGAAAACAAUUCACGAAACAGCAGUGUAGAGGAAGACAAAGAUGAUGAUAGCGAGAAGCAUGAAAUGAAGAAAAUGAGAAUAUCGCCACAGACUUCUGAGGGGGAAAUUAACUGCAUUUUCCAGCAGCAGAUACAAAAUGCUAAUGAGCGUCCAGCAAAUUCUACCAAUCUAGAAAAUACUGAAGAGAAAGAUAUAGAUCCUCGGAUUCAAGAAGCGAUAAAGAAGAUGAAUAAAUUGGACAAGAUACUGGCAAAGAAACAAUCUAGAGAAAGAGAAAUUAAAAAACAAGGCAGAGAAGUGAGGGCAAAACUUUGGGAAGAACUUCAGUCUGUAACCUCACUAAGUGCUUCAGGAACUCAAGAGGAGAUCGAAAAUACAAACAAAUUUUUAGCUUUGACCUCCUCAUUGCAGGAGACCAUUGAUCCUUCCCAUUCUGAAGAAGAUGAAAUAUUUAUUUCAGUAUUUCACACACAAAUUAAUUCAGAAGAUUACGACCGCAAUGAAAAGCAAGCUGUACAGGACCAUCUAAAUGAAAUCGAAACAAGUGGCUCACUGAAAAUAACAGGAAAAACACAUCAUAAAAGUGACACCAGAAAUAAAAAUACUCAAGAUUUUAUUAAAAAGAACAUCGAGCUGGCAAAGGAUUCAGGGAGCCAACUGGUUAUGCUACCGGAAGAGAAGAAAAGAUUGGUUGAACUGUUGAAAGAUAUAGAAGACAAUGGCAGUGAACUUCAAGGCAUUGAGGAAGAUGUGUCUGGUUGGCUAAUACCAGGAGAAGGGUACACACCUGAACCAAUGGAAUAUCAUCACCUAAAUGAAAUAGAUGCUAAACUCCAAGUAGUACUCUCUAAUGGAGAUUUCUCUGCAAGUCACAGCUCCUGCUCAAAAGUCCCAAGCCAAAUUUAUCAGGCAUCUCUGGCUUAUGCAAAUAGAAGUUUGGAAGCAGUUCCAGGUGAGAAGGCCCUGCGAGACACACAUGAGCAACGUGAGGAACAAAACCGACUUAAAGAGAUUAAUCAACAGCUGAAAAAUCUGGAGGGAAAUCUUCCUGAAGAACUACCUUGUCUCUCUGAAGGGCAGCUUGUGACUCUUCUGGAAGAAUGUAUGCAGUUCCCAAGAACAAUAAGCAAUGUUACUGACUCAGAAUUACAGGAAUCUCUUUCUGAUGGAAUAAGUCCCUCUUGUUACGCAACUCAAGACUCCACCCUGCUCUCCAGGUCUACUCUAUCCAAACUGUUAGAUGAAGCCCGUAGUGUGGUGAAGUUAACAGCUCAGGAGAGGGCAGGUAUUGAAGAUAAAAGUAUAUGUGAAAGUGCAGAGAGUGAAACCUGUGGCUACUAUCUCAGUAAAGCUUUGGCCAUUAGUCAUUCAUCAAAUCAUGAUUCUGUGGCCCAAAUAGAAGAACCUGAUGACCUAGAAAGUUCACAGGAGAUGGAGAAUAAGAAUAAUACUGAAGGUUACUUUAUGUCAAGAGCACUCAGCGCAAAAAGAUUGAAAAAACCCUCUUUCUUGGAUGAACUAUUUUAUUGCAUCAGCAUGAACAAUGAGCUAUCCACAGAAGCUGACAUUCCCAGCAUACCAUUGCAGACCAGAGGAGAUGAUCUGAAGAUUGAAGAUGUGGCAGCAGAGUAA